UAAACUUUGGGGGCGGGGACAUUUUCUUGGAGGUGACAAGUAGCCUCAGAUCUACAGCCGGUGACGAAGCCCUCUGUUCAGAUACUCUCAGGGUCUGGACCCUGCCACAUGACCAACACCAAAGACCCCCAAAGAGCCAUGGAACCCAGGCUGGCGACAUCCAGUUCUGCCCCAGGGCCUGUCACCUUCUCCCACGUCUUUGGUCAGCAGUGCCAGCUCAUGGAAGCAGCCGUGCAAUCUCUACAUACCCUAAAUGACCAGAUUUCCCAUUUUAUUGUCACCAAGUCAAAGGCACUGGAGGAAGACAAGGACCCCUUUCUACCCGCUGAGAAGGAGACUCUGAAGGGUUCCAUGAUAUUGAUGAGGCACCUCUUAAUGGAUGCUCAGGCCAAAAUCCUGAGCAUGAUGGAAGACAAUAAGCAGCUCGCGCUCCGCAUCGAUGGGGCGGUCCAGUCGGCCAGCCAGGAGGUGACCAACCUGCGAGCCGAACUCACGGCCACCAACCGGAGACUGGCGGAACUGAGCGGCGGCGGCGGCCCCGGCCCGGGCCCAGCGGCCGCGGCCAGCGCCUCAGCAGCGGCGGACUCGGCGGCGGCGAACAUGGAGAACCACCAGCUCGGCGCGCAAGUGCUCCUGCGGGAGGAAGUGUCUCGGCUCCAGGAGGAAGUUCACCUUCUCCGGCAGAUGAAGGAGAUGCUGGCCAAGGACCUGGAGGAGGCGCAGGGCGGCAAGGCCUCCGAGGUCCUCUCAGCCACCGAGCUCAGGGUCCAGCUGGCCCAGAAGGAGCAGGAGCUGGCCAGAGCCAAAGAGGCCUUGCAGGCCAUGAAGGCCGAUCGCAAGCGCUUGAAGGGCGAGAAGACAGACCUGGUGAGCCAGAUGCAGCAGCUGUACGCCACGCUGGAGAGCCGCGAGGAGCAGCUGCGCGACUUCAUCCGCAACUACGAGCAGCACCGCAAGGAGAGCGAGGACGCGGUCAAGGCCCUGGCCAAGGAGAAGGACCUGCUGGAACGGGAGAAGUGGGAGCUGCGGCGCCAGGCCAAGGAGGCCACCGACCACGCCGCGGCCCUGCGCGCCCAGCUGGACCUCAAGGACAACCGCAUGAAGGAGCUGGAGGCCGAGCUGGCCAUGGCCAAGCAGUCCUUAGCCACGCUGACCAAGGACGUCCCCAAGCGACACUCUCUCGCCAUGCCGGGCGAGACGGUGCUCAACGGCAACCAGGAGUGGGUGGUGCAGGCGGACCUCCCACUGACCGCGGCCAUCCGCCAGAGCCAGCAGACCCUCCUCCACUCACACCCGCCCCACCCUGCAGACCGGCAAGCCGUCAGAGUGAGCCCCUGCCACUCCCGGCAGCCCUCCGUCAUCUCCGACGCGUCGGCUGCCGAAGGUGACCGGUCGUCCACGCCCAGCGACAUCAACUCCCCCCGGCACCGGACUCACUCCCUCUGCAACGGCGACAGUCCCGGCCCAGUUCAGAAGAAUCUGCACAACCCUAUUGUACAGUCACUCGAGGAUCUUGAAGACCAAAAACGGAAAAAGAAGAAGGAGAAGAUGGGAUUCGGCUCCAUCUCGCGCGUCUUCGCCAGGGGGAAGCAGCGGAAGUCCCUCGACCCCGGCCUCUUUGAUGACUCGGACAGCCAGUGCAGCCCCACGCGGCAGAGCCUCGGCCUGUCGGAGGGCGAGGAGCAGGUGGACCGGCUGCAGCAGGUGGAGCUGGUCAGGACCACGCCCAUGUCCCACUGGAAGGCCGGCACCGUCCAGGCCUGGCUGGAGGUGGUCAUGGCCAUGCCCAUGUACGUCAAGGCCUGUGCGGAGAACGUCAAGAGUGGGAAGGUGCUGCUGAGCCUGAGUGACGAGGACCUGGAGCUGGGCCUGGGCGUGUGCAGCUCCCUGCACCGGCGCAAGCUGCGCCUGGCCAUCGAGGACUACCGCGACGCCGAGGCGGGCAGGAGCCUGUCCAAAGCUGCCGACCUGGACCAUCACUGGGUGGCCAAGGCCUGGCUGAGGGACAUCGGCCUGUCCCAGUACGCCCAGGCCUUCCAGAGCCACCUGGUGGACGGGCGGGUGCUCAACUCCCUCGUGAAGCGGGACCUGGAGAAGCACCUGGGCGUGUCCAAGAGGUUCCACCAGGUCAGCAUCCUGCUGGGCAUCGAGCUGCUGUACCAAGUGGACUUCAGCAGGGAGGCCCUGCAGGAACGUCGGGCCCACUGUGAGACGCAGAACACGGACCCCGUGGUCUGGACCAACCAGCGUGUGCUGCAGUGGGUGCGAGACAUCGACCUGAAGGAGUACGCGGACAACCUGACCAACAGCGGCGUCCACGGCGCAGUGCUGGUGCUGGAGCCCACGUUCAAUGCCGAGGCCAUGGCCACUGCCCUGGGCAUCCCCAGCGGGAAGCACAUCCUCCGGAGGCACCUGGCGGAGGAGAUGAGCGCCGUCUUCCACCCGGCCACCUGCACAGGCGUCCGGGAGGCUGAGCGGUUUGGAACACCACCCGGCAGGGCCUCCAGCGUCACCCGGGCGGGGAAGGAGGACGGAGGCGGCGCCAAGUACAAGGCGGGCCGGCUGCCCCUCGGGAAGAUAGGAAGGGGCUUCAGCAGCAAAGACCCGGAUUUCCACGAUGACUACGGCUCUCUUCAAAAUGAAGACUGCGGAGACGAUGACCCCCAGGGCAGGCCGGAGCAGUACCGCCUGGACGGCUACAACAGCCCAGAGGUCACCAACGUGUAGGGGCGCAGCGCCCGCCCCGGUGCUGACCCUGUACACAGCGGCCUGGGCUGGGGAUGCGCCUCUGCCCCGCAAGAACCCGCCGGACCCUGCGACUCCAGACGCGCGGGCGAGGCGGGAGGAGCCGCCAGCCCGCGGUCUGGGCAGCAGAGAGGCCGUGAGGACGUCAGGGUGCCCAGCCCGCCGGGAUCCAGGGCGCGGCCCUGCACCAGGACAUGCGGAGCCCCGCGUGCUGACCACCGCCCACCCACGUGCAGCCGAGGGCGGAGCCACCGAGGACUGGGCGUGACCUUCCAGGGGACGCAGGCGGGGUGGGAGCGCAGCCGCUCAAGGGCCCUGUGUCCGGGGGCACGGGAGCGCCAUCCCUGGGCUGCUGCGGACACCCUGCCAGGGUGAAGGCAUCCUGACCACAGAGGCAGAGUGGCCGCCGCUCAGCAUGGUGACGAGGUUGGGAGCUGGGACGGGGAGACACUUGUCACUGUUCACCAAGUGCACCUUUGCUGUGAUGUCCCUGUCACCUGAAACAGGCGAUGCCCCCACCUCCUCACGAAUCCCACAGAGCGAAAUCAGCAGGCACAGGUGGAGGGACCCUCCAGCCCUUGUCCUGAUCAACGCGGUUUUGCUGUGUGGUUUUUUCCCAGGGGCCUCACCUCUCUGUGCCUCAAGGUCAUCAUCUACAAUACUUCUGGCUCCCUCCCAGGGGCCUCUGAGGAUUAACACUUGCUAAUGUCUGUAACACACCUUGAACCCUCUCGGGAGACAACCGGAAGCAGCGGGGUGGGCAGGGGUCUAAUUUCCCAGGCACAGCACAAGCCUGACACUGGCCUGCUUCUCUCAGGCUCUGUUGGAACACUGCCACGAUGCUCCGCCUCCCGCGAGGCCUUUUGCACCAGGAGCCAAUGAGAAGUUCACGUUUCCGAGGAACCGGCCUCUGAGCGCAUGAAGGGCGUGUGCUCUUCCACCCCACGCGUCCCUGCCCCUCGUGGGAGAAGCACCAGCAGAACCUGGAUGAACCCCAGACGCGCUCUCCGCAAGGCUGCUGGGGUUCCGGCCGUCUCCAUCACCUUCCCCAGCUCAGCCGUCCUCACUACCGACACCACACGCCUGCGUGGUGAGCAGGUGGCUGUCCCCACUUCCUCUGAGUCUGUGGCCUUCUGGGGACACGUUUCUGAUCCCAGGACCCAAGGGAGAGAUGAAUCUCUGAUGUGCAACUUGGUUUUCUGAGGUUCCAAACCCCAGGGUCUUCAGGAUACUCCAAGUCCUGAGCCCAGAGAGGCCAGGGACCCUCCCUGUGACCUGGCACCACAGCCCGCUGGGUGAUCGGAGGCCCAGGUGGGCACUGGGAGGCGGCCAGGGCAGGGGGCAGCUGGGGAGAGGGGUGAGUGAGACCCACAUGCACCCAAGCCCACGGCCACGGCGCCUGCACUCACGUCCCAGGCUCAAUCCCGCUGGGGACAAGAUGAACGAGGGACAAGUGGGAGGCGGCUCUGGCAGAGACGGCACUGCCCAGUGGGCCAGCAGCCUGGGGCCACUCGGGGCACCUCAGCGCUCUGGCUGGCGAUGGGGCCCCGUCCCUGGGGCUUCCCCACCUGCCCGGGGCUGGUGAGACGGGCGUGUCGCCUGGGCAGAUCCUGAAUACGGCCGUGCUGCCCGUGGGCAGGAGAGCAGGGGGUGGAGUCCCAGGGACUCGGGGCCGGGCAGCGGAUGGCCAGCUGAGGAGCAGCCGCCCAGGACGGGGCGGCCGCCUCCCCUCCAGGAGGCCCGGGUUAUGGUCCGAGCCCCCGAGGGCGGCGCCUGGCCGGGGAGCCCCCCAGACGGGCUUCUCUGGGAGCUUCGCUGUCUGUGCCCAAAGGUGCCCUGGAAAGGGGGUGCAUGCGGCCCCCGGGCUCGGGAGGAGGGUGCCCCCCACCCGCGGUCACGCUCUGCAGGGCCCCGUCCUGCCCGGGGAAGGGCCUCCUUCGGCACCUGGGGCGCCGCUGUCCUCAGCACCGGGCUCAGGGGCAGGUGCCAGGCAAACUCCCCAGGGAGAGCACGGCCAGCCUGCCGGCCUCAGAGGGGACCCAAGAGCCCCAGGCCACCGCCCGGGGACCCUGGCAGAACAGGAACUCGGCAGGCGUGACUCCACGCUCCCGGCAGGGACACCCCCGCGGGGACCCGCGCUCAGGCCCGACGCCCGUCCCGUGAAGCCCAGGAGCCCUGUGGCCACGGCCUCUGCCCCGCGUCUCCAGGAUCCCGCGGGCCCGUAGUGAGGACCAGGAGCCUGAGGCCAGGAGACUGCUGGACGGAGGGCGUCCCCAGCCUGUGACCGCGUGGAGGCUGUCCUGAGUCCCCC